AAGCAGUCGGACCUCUAGGGCCGCGGAUUAUAAGUUUGGUAUCGGUGCGCACGUGCGCGUGUGCUGGAGUAAAAAGGAUAUAAGCAUAAACGUAGUUCCGAACGUUUAUGUUUGUGCCGAUCCUUCGUCCUCUAAUGUGCGCGUGCGUGAGCGCGCGCGCGCGCGGUGCGCCCUUCGCGUGCUGCGCGCGUGCUGCGCGCGCGCCUUUGGCGCCUGCGGCGAUGACCCGAGCGAGGCGGAGGCGGAUCCGCACGAGCUGCAGCGCUUCUUGGACGCGCAGGCCCAGUACGACACCGUGCUGGCGGAGCUGCGGGACGGCCAGAAGCGGAGCCACUGGAUGUGGUAUAUCUUCCCGCAGCUGAAGGGCCUGGGCCGCAGCCCCGCGGCGUGGCGCUACGGGGUGGCGUCGCUGGAGGAGGCCCGCGCCUACCUGCGGCACCCUGUUCUGGGCGAUCGCCUGCGCGAGUGCACCCGGCUGGUGCUCGCUGUCCAGGGGAGGACGGCGGCCGAGAUCUUCGGAUGGCCAGACGACGUCAAGUUGAAGUCAUGCAUGACGCUCUUCGCGCUGGCAGAGAGCGGCGGAGGCGUCUUCGCGGAGUGCCUGGAGAAGUACUUCGACGGCGAGCGCGACGCGGCUACGGAGCGCGCCCUCACAUCCGAAUAGUGGGCCGCCUCGCGCGAAAAUGGUCUGGCCAGCACGCGGAGGAGCGGUGCAGCGGCGCGCGCCUUUGCUUGGGCGCUGGAGGAGGCGACCCGACCCACCCCUUUACCCUGG